AUGGCAUCGAAAAUAGUUGCACAGCUUAUUAUAUAUGGUGGACAGUUUCUUCUCAGAGGCUUGGCCGAAGCAUACCGACAAGCGCUUGCAAACGCACAGUCCACGGGUGCGGCACAGUCUGCUGCAGCGAACGCAGUACGACGUGGGCGCAUGACCGUCGAGGAGGCGUACCGAAUAGUAGGUGCCACACCAGGAACCUCACCAGAGCACAUAGCGGAGCGACUGAGGCGACUUUAUACCUUGAACGAUCCAAAGAACGGUGGAUCUCUAUACUUACAGGCCAAAGUGUACACUGCGCAACGUACGUUAGAGGAAGCGUUAAAGCGAAGCUUUGAAUUACCGCUCGAGGACAAAGGUGAUAGCGCCAAGCACCACACAGCAAGUCAACAAGGGAGUGAGCGCUAG